CAGAUCUGCUUAUGUUUAGAUUACAAGGUUUAUAAAAUUGUGUUUCGACUUCCGAUCGAUCGAUCGCUCGCAAAGAGCAAAUAUUGAGGCGGCAAGGUUCAUGGCUUCCUCUUCUUCUCCACCACCACUACCGGAGGGUUUAUCUCAAGAAGAUUACGACUUAAUCUAUGGCUCUCAAUCGGGUUGGGUCGAUGCUCGAACUUCAUGCGAUCACCUCGCCUCCUUGUCCGCAGAUCUUACCCACAUUCCAACCCCUCAUACUCCCUGCAACAGGUGCCAACACCCGAGUGAAAAUUGGUUGUGUUUGUCAUGUAAGGAAGUGCUCUGUAGCCGUUUUGUGAACAAGCAUAUGCUCCAGCAUUUUCGGGAGACUAAUCAUAGUGUGGCGCUCAGUUUCAGUGAUCUGUCAGUCUGGUGUUUCUCCUGUGAUGCUUACUUGGAUGCUCAAGUGAUUCCGCAACUGCGUCCUGUUUAUGAAGUAGCCUAUAUAUUAAAAUUUGAUGAGCCUCCACCACUUCGAACAAAUCAACAUCCUUCUGCCGGAGAUAACCAAGCUGAAAUUUGAAGGUUCAUGCAGGAGUUGAGGUUUAGAAUAGUCCAUUGAUUAUUUGCUUAUAUUGAAGUUUUUGAGAGGAUCUAUAUUCCUUUACAGGUGACUUAGGAUCUUCUAAUCCUACAUUUGGGUAGGCCAUUUUAAGGGAAAUAUAAAAAAUUUUGCGUAUUAGAAGUUGAUUCUCCUAAUUCCCGAUGGUUCCUUUUUAUUCCCUCUUCUGCUUGCACAACGUUUUGUAACCUUAGGUAGCUGAUCUGAGAAUGAGAUUCCUGUACUGUUAUGAUGAACUACUGAGAUAAUGCGGUCUUAUAAAAGUUCAUAGUAUUUUGGCUAUUCUCAAAAUCCAAUAGGAUUUGUAAAACUAUGUUGUGUUCAGCUUCCUUG